AGAAAACACAAUUCUUUAUGACCUAUUUUGUGCAAGUAACGUUACGAAUAAAACUUUUAACGACUAUUUAAAAUAAAAUAUACAGGAAAUAUUGGUAAAAUGUACACUUUUCAUAGCAAUAAGAUUAACAAUCUAAUUAAACAGUAUGUAGAACCAAAAUAUAAAUUACAAUUAUUGAUAUGAUUGUCCAAUGAUGCCAAAAAUUGUAUUCAUGACAACUGACAACAUAGCAAAAUACAAAUACCUAUCUGCAGUACAACGAAAUCAAAGGCACAAUCGAUUAAGUAAUUCUUCUUUUUCAGCUACAAAAUAGGUUAUAAUUAAGAAUUGUAAAAAAAUAUUUAUAAAUUAAAAACUGUCUUUAAUGGCUUCGAAGGUUCUCAGGACGUUCGGAAAAUUCCAACAUGCUACAUGCCUAGAAAAAGGUCCAGCAGCAUUACUGCCAGAAUCUUACAAAAAGUUUUACAGGGAAUGGAAGCUCACAACGCCUACAGCAGUCCAUUACACGCCCGAAGACGGCAGAUGGAAGAGAAAUGAAGUUACUGGAGAAGUUUCUCCUGUACAGAACAUACCGAUUCCCGUUUUCUUCCCUAAGGAGUCCGACGAUCAGUUAUGGGGAGGCGAAGGAGUCGUACAAGGUUUCCAGCAGAGAAGUCACUUGAGUAGAAGAGUUCCUCACUUUUGGAUUCCCAUGUUGAAACGGAGUGUGGUGUAUUCGGAGGUUCUGGACAAGUACAUUUCUGUUGUUGUAACGGAUAGAGCCCUUCGUUUAAUCAACGCUCAUUACGGUUUUGACCACUAUAUACUGAAAACCCCAGCGUGCGACCUGCAAUCUUUAUUAGCUGUUUCUUUGAAAAGGAAAAUUCUUCAAGACUUACAAAAUGGGUGUCCCUCAUAUGCAGAAAGGCCGGACAAACAAAAAGAUGUAUUAGAUCAAUACAAGAAAUAUCUAGAUGCUUACACCCCCGAGGAGAUAGAAUGGUAUGGAUAUUCUCUUGCACAGGCUGUUAGCAAAUUCAAAGUCCAACAAGAAAAAGAAAAGGAAGAAUCCACAGUUCCUUUCAAACAAAUAUUUAGAGCUCAAUUAAUCGAGAAGCUGAAGGCCGCUUCACUAGACGAAAGCAACAACCAAAUGAAAGAGUUAGAGGAAGGUAACUCGGCCACUUCUUGGCUAUCGAAAAUCAAUCCUUUUAGCAAGAAGCAGGAAACUUAAGACGGUUGUUUUGUAGGAUAUCAAAUAAAAUUAGUUUUGUUUUUAAUAA